AUAGAAUAAGGUAUAUUUAUUAUAAAAGAGGAGUAAAAUGGUUGUCCUUAGCACUUAAAGGCCUUAUUUGAGGCUUACAAGUGCCUCUGUAAGAAACCCAACGUUUAAAACAAUUAUUAAACAGCGCAAACCCAAAGCACAAGAAUUGUAAACAACAAAAAUGGCCGCCGUUAAACUCUGUGCAGUGUUGCAGUGAUUUUUAGUAUUUUUAGCAUGAGAUAUAACAGACUUGGUUGUGUGGAUUGUGUACCCACCGUGUAUUCAAAUAAUAUCGAACCCGUGGUCGCCCCGGCAACCAAAACAAUUGCCACCCAACACUUGAGCGCUUUUACAUGAAAGUUCAAAACAAAGUUGGCUUUGCUCGUGUUCGGUCGUGGGACUUAACGUGCGAGCUUUAAACACGUGCGCAACCAUGUCGAUGUAUGAUGGCGUUCUUUAAGCCGGUUAAGAGGUUAGAAAUGACGCCGGAAACGCCGUCCAGUUCCGGAAGUGACUCUUCCAGGCCUCCUGUAAGAACUGCAGAAGAGAAGCUCAUGGUUGCUGUCAGGAUUAGGCCUCUAAAGCCGGACGAAAGUCAGAGGGUCUUGUAUGCCGUCAACAAGAAGAGUAUAAUAUUAGAAGACCCUGAAAAAUUCGACGUAUUAAGACAGAAAAAAGGGGUGGAUAAACAGCAUCAUUUUGAUGUGGUUUUCGGGGAAGAUUCUUCACAGGAGGAUGUCUAUAAUGUCACUACAAGCACUUUGGUUAAAGAUGUCCUUAAUGGAUACAAUGCUACUGUGUUUGCCUAUGGCCCAACAGGUGCUGGUAAGACCCAUACCAUGGUAGGCGAUCGAGAACACCCAGGAAUAAUGAUAAGAGCCUUAAAUGAUCUUUUCGAAGUUGUCAAAGGCAAGGAAGAUGAGUAUUCAGUCACCAUGUCGUACUUGGAAAUAUACAACGAACAAAUAAGGGAUCUGUUGAAUCCUUCUUCUGGAUUUUUGGAGUUAAGGGAAGAUUCUAAAGGGAAGAACAUACAGGUUGCAGGGUUGUCCGAAAUUUCCACCACGUCAACUGAUGAGGUGAUGCAACUGUUGCAGAAAGGCAACAAAUCUCGCACCGUCGAGCCGACAGCGAUGAACAAGACCUCGUCGCGCAGCCACGCGCUCCUGAGCGUCUCGGUGAAGCACUCGGUCCCGCUGGACAAGAAGGACCACCUGAGGAUGCGCGUGAAGCACGGCAAACUGUUCAUGAUAGAUUUAGCCGGGUCGGAGAGGGCGAACAAGACGAAAAACCGCGGCAAAAGGCUGCAGGAAGGCGCGCACAUCAACAGGUCGCUGCUGGCCUUGGGGAACUGCAUCAACGCGCUGAGCGGGGGCGCCAGGUACGUGAACUUCAGGGACUCGAAGCUCACCAGGCUCUUAAAGGACGCUUUGAGUGGCAAUUGCCGCACCGUGAUGGUGGCGCACGUGUCGCCGAGUUUGACCCAAAGAGACGAGUCCAGGAACACGCUGAUAUACGCCGACAGGGCGAACAACAUCACUAACAAAGUCGAGAGGAACGUUUUGGAUGUCUCCUACCACGUGACGCAGUACCAAACGGUCAUAACCGAGUUGCGGGACGAAAUAUCCAGGCUGCAGAGCAAGAUGACGGAGGAGAGGCCGCGUUCGGCCGACGUAAACCGCAUGAACGCCGAGGAGCGGAGCAACGAGGUGAGGAACCUGCGAGAGCAAAUAGUCGACACCUUCAAGAACCAAAUGAAGCUGCGGAGGAAGCUGAUGGAGAUCGACUCGCACCUGCUGGGUUUGGGUAUGGAGGCCGAGCGGCAGCAUCUAAUCAUCUCGCAUUGGGAAUCGCGAAGCAACAAGUUGUACAAAAACAGCGUCAACGAGUCCAGAGCUAGAACUCAGCAGAGUUUGCGGAGACGCAGACUGACGACGGCGGACGGUUUUAGAUCGGCCGGCAAUUUGGAUUCUCUCGACGACGAGUCGCUGGAUAUCGCCUCCGAUGGGGAGUUGGAAGGCGAGGCCGCUGUUCAGACGGCUUGGGGGGAGCUAGCCGACAUAGAGCGCGAGCAAGACAGAUGGGGGGAGUUGAGAUCGCACAUAGAGCAGAAGUUGGAGGUGUGUAGACAACGCGGGGUCAUGCUAGAAGAUAAACUACCCUCGUUAUUGUCCUCUGACGACGAGAGGGAGAUUUUGGCGUUGAUGUGUCGUGUUCACGAGUUGGAGGCAGACAAGAUGGCCUUGCAGUCCGAGAGAUUGGUGAGGCAGCAUGAGCUACGCAGGAGAGAUUUGGUCAUUCUAAGAUACGACCGACAAAGGCAGCUCUGUGAGGAUAUCAUCACGAGGCAAAGGCAUCUCAUCGAAGGUAAUAAGAUCAACCUCCCAGCUGAUCUCCAAGAGCUAUACCAAGUCUAUCAGCAGGAAAUUCAUGCGGCUACUUAUACGGAAUUUAACCCUCCCCCAACAGCUUACACACCUGAUAAAUUGCCACCAAUAAGUAAAAUAUAUAGCGACCCAAUAUUUCGCCGUCAAACUGCAGGAAGUGACGGUAGCGGCAGGUCACCCCCAUCCUCAGCAGAAUCCGGAGAGGAAGUGUUGCCAACUGUCAACGAUUCCAGCGUGGAUAGGGUUAUGGGUCAUGCAGUUUCCAGACCUGGAGCUGGGAUGAAGUUGCCACCACUGCCACCUAGCCCUCCUGUAAGAAUUUCCAGAAGCAAUGAUGAAAAGUGAUUUGGGUUCAUCUAAUGUUCUUGAAUGAAGGUUUUGUGAUUUACUUCUUUUAAAGGUAGUUAUCUUCUUCUAUCACCACUAGAGUUGUGUUUUGUAUUAUGAAAUGGUUAAAUAAAAAUACUACAUAUACGUAAAGUUUUAUUUCUUCAAUAACUUAAAUAAAUAUUGCAUCCUACAUAACGCUAAUCUAAAGUUAAUAAUACUUUGAAGGUAAAUACAAAGAAGGACUAGAAUUUAAAAUAAUAGUAGGUAUAAAAGUAAAAGAAAUAUAAUCUGAAGAGAGCUAAAAAGUCUUUAAACAACGUAGACAAACGACCAAUAUAAAAUAUUGAAAAUAAGAAAUGCACAUGGAAAACCAACUCGCGAUUUGUUAUCUAUCCACAUCGCAACUUCCUGUGGUGUCAUAGUAGUCCAAGCAGGCGAUGGUGGCGGAGGUGAUCCAUAAUCAGGUAUCGGAAUGGUGGUAACACUGUCUUCACUGCCCAUCAGCUCAUCCUGGCUUUGAGUUGUUAUGGUUGGAAUGGUGGAAACAGGAAAACUCUUAAAGAAAAAAGUCAAAUUUUUAUGAACCAUACUGUAGUACCUAGUACUUACAUGGACUGUGAGAUAGUUCUGCUGGCAUAUGUUACUAUUAUCACCAUCUAAACUACUACAAGACCUAGCUUUGUAUAAACUAUUGAUUGACUCAGCCUUUCUUAGUUGCUUUCUCGCCAGACUUGGGGUAAUUGCUCCUAUCAGAAUAUGCUUGCUGUUUUGUUUUUUCAACUCCACUUUUUUUCUAUAAAAAAAAAAUUUGUAAAUUGUUUACAAUAUUCUUUAAUACAUACUUUCUUCUCCAGAUUACAUUGACGAACGCAAACUCAGCCAUAGAACAAAAUAUGAAGCAAGCGCAACCCAAAAACCAUAUCUCGCUUGCUUUGAUGUAAGAAACUUUCGGUAAAUUUUUAGUUAAACCUCCAUUUAAGGUUAUAAAUGCCAACAUUGUUG